CUCGGGUUCUGUCACGGUUUCCGCGGUGCCCAGCUCACCGAUCUUCUCUCCCUCCCAGCGAGCUGGUCGCCGGAGAGGCUUCCUGAGCCCUGCUCCACGGGACCCACAGCGGGGCGAGGUGUCCGGCGGCGAGUCUGUGGGCAGUGGGGGUUGGUCCUGUGGCUCCGGCCCCCGGUGCAGAAUGACGACGGCGGUUCGGAUGAACAUCCAGUUGCUACUUGAGGCAGCCGACUACCUGGAGCGGCGGGAGAGAGAAGCUGAACAUGGUUAUGCAUCCAUGUUACCAUACAAUAGCAAGGAGAGAGAUGCCUUAAAACGGAGGAACAAAUCCAAGAAGAACAACAGCAGUAGCAGAUCUACUCACAAUGAAAUGGAGAAGAAUAGACGGGCCCACCUUCGCUUGUGCCUGGAGAAGUUAAAGGGACUGGUACCACUUGGGCCUGAGUCAAAUCGACAUACUACAUUGAGUUUAUUAACAAAAGCCAAAUUGCACAUAAAGAAACUUGAAGACUGUGACAGGAAAGCCAUUCACCAGAUAGACCAGCUUCAGCGGGAACAGCGGCACCUGAAGAGGCAGCUGGAGAAGCUGGGCUUUGAGAGGAUACGGAUGGACAGCAUCGGCUCCACAGUCUCCUCGGAGCGCUCGGACUCCGACAGGGAAGAAAUUGAUGUUGACGUUGAAAGCACAGACUAUCUCACUGGGGAUCUGGACUGGAGCAGCAGCAGCGUGAGUGAUUCUGAUGAGCGGGGCAGCAUGCAGAGCUUGGGCAGCGACGAGGGCUAUGCCAGCUCCAGCAUCAAGAGAAUAAAACUCCAGGACAAUCACAAGACGUGUCUCGGUCUCUAAGAGACGCUGGUUGCUUUGGCGGCCUCCCUGAUGGUUCUCCCUGUCGGAUCUUAUUAGGUAGUGUACUGGACCUUCUUCCUACAAUCCCCUUGCACGUAAAUUUCCGUGUACCACCUUUACCACAAUCAGCUUUGUCGAAAUUCUGAAGGAAGUGCUUAGGAUUGUGGGUUUCUGAAUGCAUCCACUAGCUUCACC